CAGAAUUUCUCCGAUGUAAAUUUUGCGCGCGCUGUACCGCAACGAAUUGGCGAUUUCGAAUUCAAAAUUACAGAUGGCAGUAUUAAGAGAAGGUGUUCUUAUAAGCUUUGUAAUAAGCUGGAUUGUCGCAAGUUUUGGCAUACGCCCUACACGGCUUAUGAUGAAGGGUUUGUAGGGCAACUGUGGCCUACUGUGUUGGCUGUGGGGAUCGCUGAGGUGUUCUUUGGCGUGAUUUUGAUAUCCAUAGUGAUUGCUAAUAGGGAGAAAUAUGAUGGCAUUUAUGGAGCUGAUGCGGCUAAAAAUCCGAAUAUUGACCUCUACCGGACUAAGCGGUUAUGUUGUCAUCCUUUCAGUCCUUAAAAUGCAUUUCGCUCUUCUUGCCAUCGAAGGAACUGAAGGAAAUCCAGGUCCGGUUUCAGCAACACAAACUAUGCUAUUGAGCGACGCGGGCAUGCUAGAAGUCUUCACUCUACUCGGAGCAGUACUUCAUUUCUUCGGCGACAUUGCAGUUUUCACCUACUACAACCUGAGGUACAUUCAGCCAACACUGUUCUAUACUGGACAAGUUGAACAUAUUUGA